CAUCUGCAAGGGGAUUAGAGCAUUUUCUUGUUUUACUACGGACUCACUCAUCUAAACGUGGACUCUCUCCAUUAUUUGCUGAAACACCUGCGCGAAGCUAAGCAAUCCCCCACCUAUCCUAUUACAAUUAAGGUUAAUAUUUGCCAUUGAAGUGCGCAGGUAUUGCUACAAGCAGGCGGGACAGUUUGGAGGCACUCAUCAAGCAUGGAUAGGAGACGCAAUUGAGUCAAGUGGGACUGAACAACAAUCAAACUAGCAAUAAAGAGGAAAUAAGUGGCCUGCAGUGGAUCUCGACUGAAGAGCAGAGGGAUGCUGGGACUCUGAGCAUCAUGUGGGUCACUCGGUCGCCUGUCACUCUUCUCGUCGCCAUGGCCCUGUUGCCACUGGCCUGCUCAGAGACACAGGAAGCAGUCAUGUCUGCAGAUGCUGAAACACAGGGUGGGGAGAGUGAGGUAGCCACACCCGCAGCCCCGGUGGAGCAGGAGGAGGACAACUCGCCAGGAUACACAGGCUCGCGACUGCGCCAGGAGGACUCUCCUCCCCGGAUCGUGGAGCACCCGUCCGACCUGAUCGUGUCCAAGGGCGAGCCGGCCACGCUCAACUGCAAGGCGGAGGGCCGCCCGGCGCCCACGGUCGAGUGGUACAAGGAUGGUGAGCGCGUGGAGACGGACCGCGACAACCCGCGCUCCCACCGCAUGCUGCUGCCCAGCGGCUCGCUCUUCUUCCUGCGCAUCGUCCACGGCCGCCGCAGCAAGCCCGACGACGGCAGCUACGUGUGCGUGGCGCGGAACUACCUCGGCGAGGCCGUGAGUCACAACGCGUCGCUGGAAGUAGCCAUUCUGCGAGACGACUUCAGGCAGAACCCAGCGGACGCGGUGGUGGCGGCGGGAGAGCCAGUGCUGUUCGAGUGCCAGCCUCCACGCGGACAUCCAGAGCCCACCAUCUCCUGGAAGAAAGAUGGCAUCAACAUAGACGACAGGGAUGACCGCAUCACGAUUCGAGGAGGCAAGCUGAUGAUCACUAACGCGAGGAAGAGUGACGCAGGGAAGUAUGUGUGCGUGGGAACCAACAUGGUGGGGGAGAGAGACAGCGAGGUGGCUGAACUCACAGUGCUGGAGCGUCCAAGCUUCGUGAAGCGGCCGGUCAGUCAGGUUUCCCUGGCAGACGAGAGCGUGAACUUCCAAUGUGAGGCUCGAGGGGAUCCUGUUCCUAUCGUACGCUGGAGGAAGGAGGAUGGAGAUUUGCCCAAGGGAAGGUUUGAGAUCUUGGAGGACAACACAUUGAGCUUGCGGCGUGUCACACCGGCUGAUGUUGGCUCAUACACCUGCCUAGCGGAGAACAUGGUUGGCAAGGCUGAAGCCUCUGUGUCACUCACCGUUCACGUCAUGGCUGUGCCCCCGGCGUUUGCGGUGAGGCCGCGGAACCAGGUGGUGUCCGUGGGUAGAACCGUCACGUUCCAGUGUGAGGCGUCGGGAAACCCUCAGCCAGCUAUCUUCUGGCAGAGAGAGGGCAGCCUGAACCUGCUCUUUUCCUACCAACCUCCACAGCCUACUAGCCGGCUGUCGGUCUCCCAGACAGGGGACUUGACCAUCACAGACGCACAGCGCUCGGACGCAGGCUACUACAGCUGCCAGGCCCUCAACAUCGCUGGCUCAGUCAUCACCAAAGCCCUGCUGGAGGUCACUGAUGUGGUUUCGGAUCGUCCUCCGCCUGUCAUUCAACAGGGCCCGUCCAAUCAGACGGUGUCCGUGGACGGGACGGUGGUUUUGAGUUGCCAGGCGACAGGCACGCCGACGCCGACGGUGAUGUGGAAGAAGGACGGGACUCUGGUCACCACCCACGACUCGCGCGUCUCGCAGACGGACGAGGGCGAGCUGCAGAUCCGAUACGCCAAGCUGGGAGACACAGGCAUGUACACCUGCAUUGCAUCCAGCCCCAGCGGAGAGGCUUCCUGGAAGGCAUACCUGGAAGUGGAAGAGUUUGGAGUGGCUGUCCAGCCGGGCAGACCAACGGACCCCAACCUGAUCCCCAGAGCUCCGUCCAAACCGGACGUAACCGAUGUCAGCCGCACCUCAGCCACGCUCACAUGGAAGGCCAGCAGUGUCGGAGCCACCCCCACCUCCUACAUCAUAGAGGCUUUCAGCCAUGCGUCUGGCAGUAGCUGGGUGACUCUAGCUGACCAUGUGAAGGCCGAGAGCUUCGUGCUGAAGGGUCUGAAGCCUGCUGCCGUCUACCUGUUCCUGGUGCGGGCGGUCAACGCCUACGGCCUGAGUGACCCAAGCCCCAUCAGCGACGCCAUCCGCACCCAGGACACGCCGCCCACCAUUCAGGGCGUGGACCACCGUCAAAUCCAGAGGGAGCUGGGAGACGUGGUCAUCCACCUCCACAACCCCGUCAUCCUCUCCUCCUCCUCCGUCAGGGUGCAGUGGACCGUGGAGCAACAGUCCCAGUACAUCCAGGGCUAUAAGGUGAUGUACCGGCCCACGUCCGAGGCGGGGCAGGCCCGGGGUCAAUGGGUCGUCUUCGAGGUGCGAACACCUGGAGAGGAUGGCGCCGUGGUUCCCCAGCUGAAGAAGGGCGUGACCUAUGAGUUCAAAGUGCGGCCGUACUUUGACGAGUUCCAGGGCGCCGACAGCGAAGUGAAGGUGGCCCGGACCAUGGAGGAAGCGGGGGCACCACGUGGUGUAACCGUGACAAAGAGCGACACCAAUGGGACCGCCAUCCUGGUCACCUGGCAACCGCCUCCCAAGGAGGAACAGAACGGCAUGGUCCAGGAGUACAAGAUUUGGUGUCUGGGCAACGAAAGUCGUUACCAUGUCAACCGCACAGUGGAUGGCUCCACCUUCUCCGUCAUCAUCCCCAACCUUUCGCCGGGCAUCCGCUACAGCGUGGAGGUCGCUGCCAGCAAUGGGGCCGGCCCAGGGGUCAAGAGUGACGUCACCCUUUUUGAAAUAGACCACUCGGGUAUGCCGACGGUGGUGGAGAGUGGUGUGGAGAGGGACACGCUGUCUCACAUCUCAGACGUGGUCAAGCAGCCAGCCUUCAUCGCCGGCAUCGGCGCCACUUGCUGGCUGGUGCUGAUGGUGUUCAGCGUCUGGCUCUACCGCCACCGCAAGAAGAGGAGCGGCCUUAGCAGCAGCUACGCCGGCAUUCGCAAAGUGCCAUCCUUCACCUUCACACCGACAGUGGCCUAUCAAAGGGGUGGAGAAGCAGUCUGCAGUUCUGGAAGACCGGGCCUUCUGAACAUGGGCGACACGGCCAAUCAGCCCUGGCUGGCCGACUCGUGGCCCAACGCCUGUGGCAACCACAAGGAGCGCAGCAUGAACUGCUGUAACGGAGGCAACGGCACCAGCGACAGCAACCUCACCACGUACAGCCGCCCCGCCGACUGCAUCGCCAACUACAACAGCCAGCUGGACAACAAGCAGGGCUGCCUGUUGGGCUCGGACUCGGCCGUCUACUCGGACGUGGACCUGUCCAACAAGCUCAACGAGAUGAAGACCUUCAACAGCCCCAGCCUGUGCUACAUGGGCCCCGCUGGGAGCCCGCCGACCCCCUACGAGCCCACGCCGUACGCCACCACCCAGCUCAUCCAGUCCAGCAUCAUGAGCAAGGCCGCGGGGGGCUGCGGCCCAGGAAUGGGGGCGGGGGGCAGGGGCGGGACUGCCGACCUGACGGACAAGCGCGGCUGGAAGCCGCCGCCUAUGCAGCAGCAGCCGCCCGUGCCGCAGGAAAUGACAUCGCAGCUGCAGUACAACAUCAUGGAGCAGAACAGGCUGAAUAAGGAUAGCUACCGAGGGGGCGAGGCCAACCUGCCCGCCACCAUCCCCUACAACCAUGAACUCAGCUCUGGAGGCUCUUACCACAGCUCGGACCGGGCCAGCAACAGCACCUCCGGGAGCCAGAACCACAAGAAGGGAUCACGCACUCCGAAGCUGCCCAAGCAGAGCUCAGUGACCUGGGGAGAGCCACUGCCUCCUCCCCCUGCCAACCCUCCUCCCAGCCACAGCUCAGAGGACUACUUAAUGCACACAGACAAGAGCUUUGAGCCGGACGCCUCCUGUCCCAUGCUCCCUUCGCGCAUGUACCUGCACUCGGGAGGCAUGCAGGAGGAAGAGGAGGAGGAGGAAGAGGGCAUGGAGAGAUGCCCCACUCCGCCUGUGCGCGGAGCCGCCUCCUCUCCCGCCGGCGUGUCCUACAGCCACCAGUCAACGGCCACCCUCACCCCCUCCCCGCUGGGGGAGCACUGCGCGGGCCUGCACAACGGCCACGAUGACCGCAGGCGUCACGUAGCCAGUCCCCCACCCCCGCCCCGACCUCUCUCCCCCCCACACACUUAUGGAUACAUCUCCAGUCCCUUGGCGCUGGACACUGAUGGGCUGGACGAGGAAGAGGAGGAGCUCAACGAGGAUGAAGAUGAGGCAGAUUCAAGGGCCCAGAGUGGUUAUGCCCAGCCACACCACCACCACCAGCAGCAGCAGCAGCACCACCACAACCAACACCACCACCACCACCACCACCACCACAGCUCUGGGCAGCAGCAGCAGCAGGGGGGGCCAGGCUCCCAGCAGGCAGCCCAGCGACGGCUGCACCUGCGUGGGCUGGACCAGCAGCAGACGCCCGCCUCCAGCACGGGGGACCUGGAGAGCUCGGUGACGGGCUCCAUGAUCAACGGCUGGGGCUCUGCCUCGGAGGAGGACAACGCCUCGUCGGGCCGCUCCAGCGCCGUCAGCUCCUCCGAUGGCUCCUUCUUCACCGACGCCGACUUCGCCCACGCCGUGGCCACCGCCGCCGAGUACACCGGCCUCAAGGUGGCGCGGUAUCCCGAGGAGGGCGCAGGACCCGGGGGACAGCGGUACCAUGUGGGCCACCGGCCCAGCAGCCCAGUGUCUACGGACAGUAACGUGAGCACGGCUGUCAUGCAGAAGCGCCCUCCUAGGAAGCACAAACACCACCAGCAGCAGCAGCAGCAACAGCAGCAACACUCACAGCACCAGGGCCAGCAGAGAGAUGGCUUCACUGAUGACACUGCUCUAUCUCUUGGCCCUGCAGCGGGGGUCAAGUCCCCCACACACAACUCGCGGGGUGGCUACGAGGUGAGGGGCGCCACGCUGCCCAAAAUGGGCUGUGGAGACGGGCGCGAGAGGAGGGGCAGCGCUGGGGGCUACCGCACCAGAGAGGGCUCGGUGGAGAGGCGCGAUGGCCACGACCGACACCAGAACCACAAGGCCAGCAAAGUCCGCCAGCACCCAGCGGUAGCAGAGGACAUCCCCCCCUACAGUCGGCCCAGCUUCCCCUCGGUGCAGGGCCAGAGGGAAGGGGCACCCAGCUCCUCCAGCUCCAUGUCGUCCCGUAGCUCUGGGGGCCGCAGGAGAGGCACCGAGGGGGGUCCAGGGUCGCGCAGGAACCCUGCAGACACAGCGCUGCCCAGCAUGGGGGCUUUCCAGCAUGAGGAAGAGGAGCUAGAGCUUUUGGAAAGCUGAGGGACCACAACACAUACAGUGUAGACCAGAGGAAGUACUUCCAGGUCACCGCUGGAAAGAAUGACCCUGUUCUCCCCCUCUGGACUUGAAUGCCAACCACUGAAAGUCCGGUCAACAUCAUGUACAUGACAUUUUACAAAAGAAAACUGAAAACUGACCCAUGAUUAAUGUGUCAUUUUCUUCAUUAUUUUAUUUUUAUUUUUUAUUUUCUUUAUUUAUAAUGUGUUAACAAGUAACUGAAUGUACUUUUCCUGUCCAAAUGGAGGACCUCCUCUUAUAAAGGUACCAUCUACAUUUUUGGAAAUGUUCAGUUGCUGAUUUAGUUGCUUGCAAUGGCAGUCAUUCAGUGAAGCCCUCCAAAGUACUGAUGUUCAUGUGUAUUAAAGAUGUUUUGGGAGCUGCAGACCAUUGUUAUAUACAGAAGAAUGUUUUUCAGUCCCACUCGGUGGUAUAGUACUUCAAAUUGAUCUUCCUUUUUUGCUUUCUCAACCAUUUAUUUGACUGUAUAAAAUAUUUGGUCAAAAGUAUAAUUGUUGUAAAUUGGUCAGUUCACUAUUAAGAAGUGCAGCCAUUUGGAUUUCCCUUUUUCUAAUGCACUGUUUUGAAUUUAUUUUUAUCGAUGUUGUUAUUGUUGAUGUAUGUUCUUUUGUCUUACAUUGGUUUUAAAAGCACAAUCACUUAACUUUAUUUUAAGUCAUUUAUUGUUAACUAUGGAAUGUUCCACAGUUAUGGAGGAACAGACACAAGGAGUCUUGUCAAUAAUUGUGUUUGUAUGAUGAAAGAGUAUUGUCUUAUAUUAAUGUCUGGAUAUUACCAGAAUGGAACUGAGACUCCACUGUUUGGUUAGAGUUUCAUGAGAUUACGUGGAUAUUAGAUUACAUGUUACCUAAGAGCGGAUCCAACUUUAAAGUAGAGGAAGGAAGAAGAAAGAAAGAAAGAAAGAAAGAAAGAAAGAAAGAAAGAAAGAAAGAAAGAGAGAGAGAAAAGAAGAAAAACUAGUUUGCCAUGUCAUUACUUGCAGUUUCACAGUGCAGUAUCCAACAUGAAUCAGAUGUAGGAAUUGUGUAGAAAUGCACUUAAUGAUUGUGAUUAUGAAGAAAAGGGCAACGGGCAAUAUGUCUAGAAAAAGCAAGUGAGAGCUGAGGUGUGGCAUGGAGUCUCUUUUCCAUUUUGUUAUUGGGCACAGGAGGGGUGACGGUGUGUGUGUGUGUGUGUGGGGGUGGGGGGGGGGGGGGGUGUUACAUGAAGUCCCCCUCCAAGAGAAGAGGUGCACUGGUUUAUCACUUCAUUCAACAGUCCUCAUAAACUAGUAGCAACUUAUGGGGACAUUUCUCUGCCUUUCCUAUUGGACUUUAUGGAUCUCUACGCAGAUGUCAUUGUGAGUCAUUCAGUUUGGUCUAUCUGUUGUUUCCACGUGAAAGCUACCUAGUUGGGAACAGCACGGACAGAAGAGAAGAGGGUGGUGAAAGAUGGAAAGGUGGGAUUCUUUCUCUUUGAUGUGACUUUUUUCACUCACGGCUCCACCUGCUCUUGUGACUGUAGCACGGGGGCUGCUCACUGGCAGUGCUGGAGUUGGCUGACCUUCUCAAGGUCAAGGCUUUUGCAGUAAAAUAAAAAAAAAAAGAAAUACUACGGCUUUUUUUGGAGUGAGUGAAUGAAAGGAAACGUGUGAAGUGUUGUUCCCUAGCGGAAAUAUGUGCUGUCCAUCUUUGUUCGGAGUUUACCAUGUUUGAAAAGAAAGAAAGAAAAAAAAGACACAACCGCUUUAAUGUCAGUCAUAACUUUUCAUUACUGGGAAUCUUGUAUUUCAAAAAAUGAAACAAAACAAAAAAAUGUCAUUUUUCCAUAUUAUUUAUUAUUAAAAGAACUUCAAAUGCAA